AUGACUCAUCACGGUGGAUAUGAUGAUCGGAGGAGAUCGCCGCCAUACGAUUCUUCGAGCGAUCGAAGCUCCCGUCACCAUCAUCAGCAUAAAAUUCGUAACUCGGAUGACAAGGAAUUCAGGAGUAAAGAGCGGAAUGGAGAUUUUGAGAAACAUCAACAUCGAAAGCAAGAUGAACGGGCAAUUUCAAGAAAACGUGAGAGAAAAUGCAGUGAUGAGGAUUAUGGAAAUAGAGGAGAUCGUGAAUCUAGCAGGUAUCACAAGCAUGGUAAAAAUAGAGAAAGCCACCAUAGACGGAGGUCACCGAGCCGAUCGGAUGAUAAACCCAUUAGCAAGCGAACAAGUGGUUUUGAUGUGGCGCCACCUGUUACUACUGUUAUGACAAAUCCAUCAGAACAAUUAAAUGGAGCUUCUGUGGCUUCUCAAUCAGUCUCUGGAGUGCUGCCAAACAUGCUUGCUUCUCAGACAACUCAGGUUAACAUGUUAGGUUCAGUUUCAGCAUUGCCAGUUCAAGUAACUCAGCAGGCAACAAGGUUUGCGCGUAAAGUGUAUGUUGGUGGCCUGCCUCCUCUGGCUAAUGAGCAGACAGUCUCCAGGUUUUUCAGCCAUGUUAUGAACGCUAUUGGUGGAAACUCAGCUGGUCCAGGUGAUGCUGUCGUGAAUGUCUACAUUAAUCAUGAAAAGAAAUUUGCAUUUGUGGAGAUGAGAACCGUAGAAGAGGCAAGCAACGCUAUGGCUCUUGAUGGAAUUGCGUUUGAGGGAGUUUCGGUGCGAGUCAAAAGGCCUACAGACUACAGUCCUUCCCAGGCGGCAUGCCUUGGUCCUAGCCAACCGGGUCCAUAUCUGAAUUUAGCUGCUGCUGGACUGACACCUGGAAUGUCUACUGAAGCUGAUGGAGCUGAUCGUAUUUUUCUUGGUGGGGUGCCCUACUAUUUUUCUGAAACUCAGAUAAAAGAAUUGUUGCAACAUUUUGGACCUUUGCGAGGACUUGACCUUGUUAAAGAUAGAGAUACUGGAAACUCCAAAGGAUAUGGAUUCUGCAUCUACAAGGAUCCGUCAGUCACAGAUAUUGCUUGUGCGGCUCUAAAUGGCUUAAAAGUAGGUGAUAAGACGCUUACUGUUCGGCGUGCCACCAUCAGUGGACAUUUAAAACCAGAGCAGAGUGAUACACUGGUUCAGGCACGGGAACAGAUAGCAAUGCAGGUUUUAUGCUAA